AAACCGCAAGCACUGUUAUCGUCGUUAUCCGCAAGGUCGCCAAAUAGGCGCACCAAAACAAACUACUCUUGCACGGCUCUCUCGUUUUCACCAUCUCCGCUCAGCCAUUCCAACCUUCGUUUUCAGGUUCCUAAUCUCCGCGAUAUUUCCUCGUUCUAGAGAUUAGCUUGCUUCCUUCAACAUAUUCUUCGAUUUUACUCUGUUCCUUGAUCUCCCUCCCUCGUCCUCGGCCUGGCAAUUAGCGGCGGAAAUACCUAAAUCUCCAUUGCCUGAAAUUCGGUCGUAAUCGAGUCCAAUUUCACCGUUCGAAGCUUUGAAUUGUGAACUCUUUUAUACAGCUGCAGCCAAAGCAAGAUAUUCUUUGAUGUCUUCUUUCCGCUCUUUCCUCAACAGCCCUGUUGGCCCUAAAACAACUCAUUUUUGGGGGCCUGUUGCUAACUUUGGUUUCGUUGCUGCUGGGCUUGCAGAUGUGAAAAAACCCGCCGAUAUGAUUUCUGGCAGAAUGACGGCAGUUUUGUGCGUGUAUUCGUUGCUAUGCAUGAGAUUUGGGUACAUGGUUCGGCCUAGGAACUAUCUGAUUGUGGGAUGUCAUGGUGCCAAUGAGACUGUUCAGCUCUAUCUUCUCUCUCGUUGGGCGAUGGGCAAGCGAGAGACUCUAAAUCAUAGCAACGAGUAGCUUCUUCUUCGUUUCAAUGGCGGUGGUAUGAACAUGAUCGCCAUUGUUGCUGUUUCGAAUCACUGUUGCUCUGUGAUCUCGACGAAUAAUUAAUUAAAGACGAUGCAGCUAUCUUUCUCACUUUAAUCUUCAUUGUCUCCUUUUGCCUCAUCUCUUCCUGUUCGUAUCUGGUCUGUUUGGCUCCUGCACUUCAUAAAAUAUAACUGAUUUGAAAUUCUA